AAAAUAAAAAUAUUAGGGUCACCAUCAGGAGAAUGUGGCUGAAAGGAAAAACGUACCCAUCAUUGAUUGCCACCCAAAGCAGAGAAGCGCAGAGCAAUUAUUAGACCUUAUGAAAGACCCGACCCGAAGCCUAAUUUCCAUAUACAAACUUUCUUCGGUCUUCAGCUGAAAGUGUACCGUUGAUAGUCGAGCCACAUUGGAUCCUUCAAACUCAUCAAAGUUGUCAGCUACUUCAGGGUAGGGGACUAGGGUUAGGGAGGCCUUUGUUUGGCACAUAUACCAAAUCCCACUUGGUUAAUUGGCAUUUUGAUGCCUAAUCUGUGAUGAGAUGUGAGAGGAAGUUCAAAUUUAAGCUCAACACGAAAUACAUAAGGAUCUUUUGGUACUUGUACUCUGCUUUCCCCAACAGCCAUGAAUGUUCAAAUGGGUGAUGAUUCUGGAAAGCAACCAAGGCACCGUAAAUUAUCCCCGCUGAGGAUGGUGAGGGGUAUUUUCUGUCUAAUUGUGUUACUACUCUCUGCAUUUAUGGUGUUAGUGUAUUUUGGCUUUUGGACUGCUACUGGCUUGCGAGCUAUCAGUGUCCAUUAUAGCAGAGUGGGAACAUCCUUCUGUUUUGGAUGUUGGUUAGCUUUGUGGCCCUUUUGGUUUGAAAAAAUUAACAAAACCAAAGUGGUAAUCUCUGGAGAUUCUGUUCCACCUGCGAAGCGAGUCUUUGUUAUUGCAAACCAUCGAACUGAGGUUGAUUGGAUGUACUUGUGGGAUCUUGCUUUGCGCAAGGGAUGUGUCGGUUCACUCAGGUAUAUACUUAAGAGUAGUUUGAUGAAAUUGCCUGUGUUUGGAUGGGUUUUUCAUGUCAUGGAGUUCAUACCUGUUGAGAGAAGAUGGGAGGCUGAUGCAGUGAAGCUGCAUCAUAUGCUUUGCACCUAUAAUGAUCCUCAAGAUCCACUGUGGCUUGUUGUUUUUCCAGAAGGCACUGAUUUCACAGAACAGAAGUGCAUUCGUAGUAAAAAAUAUGCUUCUGAAAACGGAUUGCCAAUCCUGAACAACAUACUUCUUCCAAAGACAAAGGGUUUUUAUGCGUGUUUGGAGGAAUUGAGAGGUUCCUUGGAUGCAGUUUAUGACAUCACAAUUGGCUACAAGCAUCGUUGCCCUUCUUUUUUGGACAAUGCUUUUGGGGUUGAUCCAGCUGAAGUUCAUAUGCAUGUACGCUGUAUUGCUAUUGCGGAUAUACCAGAAUCUGAAAAUGAGGCUGCUUCAUGGUUGAUGGAUACAUUUUGUGACAAGGAUAAAUUACUGUCUGAUUUUCAUUCACAAGGUCAUUUCCCUCGUGAAGGAACAGAAAGUGAGCUGUCUACAGCCAAGUGUUUAGCAAACUUCAUCUUUGUGCUAACAUUGACUGCACUUUGUACAUAUCUUACACUUUUCUCGUCCAUUUGGUUCAAGAUAUAUGUUUCCUCUGUCUGUGCAUACUUGGCAACAGCUACUUACUUCAAUUUUCGGCCUUCGCCCAUUGUAUCUUUAUGAUUGUAGUCGCCUUUUAUAGCGAGCCUUAAUUUAGUACAAGUUUCCCUGUGUUGUGUUGAA